AGCAGGGGUGGACUAACCAUUUGGGAACUCGGGCAUGGCGCGAGGGUCUGCGGUCAGUAGGGGGCCCCAUGAGAUGCUCCUGGUACCUUUUCAUAGGCUUUUUUGGGUGUGGUUUGAGUGUGGGCAAGGACACAGGGGCCCCAUGAUCCCCUGUUGCCCGGGGGGCCCAUAAGUUGUCAGUCCACCCCUAGUUAGUAGACAAAGCUGUGUGCAAUGGCCUCACUGAAUCCUAUAAAAUAUGGUCAAUCACAAUGAAUCUCAGUUGAGAAAUUGAAUGUGCACAUUGUACAAAAUGC